AUGGCUACACAAGAAGUGAAAAUACCAGCAAUCAAAAAAGAAUUAAUACGUUGUAAGAAUACAAUUCAAGAAAUUAAUAUUAAUAUGAAUAAUAUUUUAGUAGAUGAAUAUAAGUAUAAGAUGGAAUUGUAUACCAAUUCAAAAGAAGCAAAUUUAACAAUUGAUUGGCCAUUGUCUUUUAAAUUGAUUAAUAAUGAAUUUAAAACGAAAUGUAAUGUGACUAAUCAAGAAGACGCGUCGGCAAGAACGUUUAGGGUUAAAAAUUUUUUGAAAAUGUUGCCAACUUAUAGAACUUUAAACGAACGUAAAGUGUGUGGAAUAGAUAGUGCUAAGUGUCCUAGAUGUAAUGUUAUGGACGAAGACUGGGAACACUUAUGGGUAUGUGAGAAAAAUGAUGAUAUAACGUCAGAAUAUGCGUCAUUAGAAAAUAGUAUUCACGAAAUUUUACAGGAGAUUAAAAUGAACGAUAGUGAUGAGAUAAAUGUAAGACUGGUUGAAAUGAAGGAUGCUUUGACUGAGGUAUCAAAGUCACGCUCUUGUAUCGAAGUAACAGAAAAUGUUCUUAGAGAAUUGACAAGAGGUAUUAUCAACGAAAAGUGGAUUAAAGUGUGUAAGGUUAAAGGAGAUAAAGAUAUAAUUUAUAAAAUAUAUAGAUAUAUGGAUAAAAUACAAAAGUUAUUUUGGAAUAAAGAAACGAUAGAGCUCGAAAAAAUUAGAGGAAUAACGAAAGAAUUAAAAAGGAUAAGAGGGAAAAAAGUAAUUGAGAGUGAAGGAGAUGAAGGUAGUAGUGACGACGAAGGAAAGAAUAAAAAUGAAAAAAAAAAUAGUAAAAAAUUAAAAAUAAUUACAAAAAAUAUGAUGUUAGAAAAUAGUAAAGAUAACGUAUUUAGAUUAGGAGAAUAUGAUAAAAAUAAAUGGGGAAUUAGGUAG